AUUUAUAUAAAAUGUUUUAUAGAGAAACUAGGGAGCGCUUUUGAUUGCUCCCGGUAUCAUAUUCGAAACCAAUUUUUACAGAUCUAGUUUAGUUUUUCUUGGUUUACCAAAACUUCAGCGAAAUUUCUAGGCCUAAAUAUCAAUGGUGCUCUUUCAGGUUAUGGGGACAUAUUUAAAAACUCUAUAAGCUGUUUUUAAUGACGUCACUCUGCUACUAACAGUACCCCCGUCGUAGGUACGAGGAAACGAAAAUAAUUAAAGUGAAUUGCGAUACCAAGGAUUGUUUGUAGUGAGUUGUUGUGUAAGUUCACUGUGGCCUAAUUGAAUAAAAUACCGCAGUCGAAGUUGUAAAAUACAUUGCUGGAGCACUUUCUAGUUAUAUUUUGAGAUGAAGAUGACUUGUGCCUAUUUUUCAAUUACGUUGAUAUUGAGCAUAAGUUGGUUCUACUGUUGUGGAGCAAAAAUUACAUAUCGCGAAAUCUCCGAGGAAUAUGGGAAAGCAAAGGAAAGUCAAAUUAAAACAUACUUCAAGGAUGUAAGUGAUAGAAGGCCUUUUAACAAGCGCGAUAUCAUGAAGGAGAAUACAAGGCAGCGACGUUCAACCUUAAACACAACGACGACGAAAGCACCCGUUAGCCCUACAGCAUAUACGGUACCACCAAACAAAACCAUUAUAUCAGAUCACAAAUAUUAUACAUCGCAGUUUGUGUCUGACUCAAAUGCAUACUUUAAAGACAUAAAAGCUUUAUACGACGCAGGCGAUCGCAAUGUUACAAUGAAGAAGAUGACGCUGCCAGGAAGUGUCGGAUCAUUGCUGAUGCUGUACACCACUUAUAAGUUAAAGUUUGUGUUUCCUUUCUAUGGCCACGAUGUAGAAAAUGUUGUUGUUACAUCAGCAGGGUUUCUCCACAUUGGUCCUGUCGUACAUAGCUUUGCCCAUAAUGUCCACUAUGCUGCACCACUUAUGGCUGAUUUUGCUGCGUCAUCAGACAAGCCUGUAUAUGUUUACCUACAUGAUGACGGUGCAAGAUUCAUAGCGCAGUGGGAUAACAUACACGAAGUCAGAAAAAAUAACAGCAGCCCUUUUACCUUUCAGGUUUCACUUUUUGAAAAUGGCACCAUCAUCUUUUCUUACAAAUCUAUUCCAUACAGCGUUGUGAACUUCACAAGUGUUGGUUUUCCUCCAAAAGUCGGUCUGUCAGAUGGGUUUGUAAAAAUAAGAUAUUACCGUAUUCCUGGUACAAAUCUACAUAUUCCAUUCCGAAUCAUAUACCGAUAUCACAAAGUUGAAUUACAACAAGAUCGCAUUAAAGCUAACAGCUCAUACAUAUUGCAGCCAAUCCCUAAUUGCAUUCAGGCGAAGUCAUGUCAGUCUUGUUUCAGUAAAGAGAUUGCCAAAAACUUUCAAUGCAAGUGGUGCAGUAAGCUUAAUUUGUGCUCAGAUACUUUUGAUUGGCAUCGCCAAAAGUGGGAGAACAAUGAUUGUCCAAAGAAUGCUAUAGACUCUACUGCCAAAUGUGUCUCACCAAAUACAGGUGUACCAGCAACCACUGCUACAAAUUCUUCCACAGGUGAUGUUGCUCAUGCAAUUUCAGAAGAGAAGAGUAAUAAAGAUGCCAAGAGAAAAACUGGUAUUGCUAUUGGUGUUAUCUUUGGCAUCUUAGUAAUUGCUGUGGCAGGAAUAUUGUUAUAUGGUUACAGGAAUCCAACUUCAAGAAUUGGGUUAUUUAUGAUACAGAAUAGGCCCACAAAGCUUUUUAGCAAAUUUUAAGAACAAGGCACUCUGCAGGAACUGGAGUUUUAUGUUUCACAUAACAGAAGCUUUUUAUAAAAAGUUAGUGCCAUAACUAGGUUCUGAUCUUUUAAAUAGGCUAUGCUAUGUGCUUUGCUUUGCACUAUUCUGUGUGAUUAAAUUAUUAAAAGUGAUUAAUAAAUGAUUUAAAAUUACCUUCUCUCAGGCUAAUGCAACUCCAAAUGAACACAAAUAACACAGAACACAGGGUGUUUAGAAAAUAGAAUUAGCAUUAACAACAAAGGAUACUUUUUGAACUUUUUAUGGUGCAGAGGUUCUUGGCUAGAUUUCAAAUGAGAUUUUCUACAAGAAUUUAGGAUACAUUGUCCUUUUCUUUAGAAGAACUUUAAAAGAGAGUUAAAAAUGAAUACUGAAGCCCAUUUGCACUAUAUUUGCAUCGCCAUUUCACACAAGAAUGUACUAUUCUAAUUGCGAAUGUUUGCAUUAUGAAUUCACAUAUUCACACAGUCAAUUUUUUGCAAAAAUUUGCAUUUAAAAAUAUUGGUUAAAAGGGCUAUCAAUCAGAAACCCAAGGUGCCAAUCAAAACAAAGAAACAACAAAGAAACAAAAACACAGCAAAAUUGCCAUGGUCCAAGGAAUGGAGAUGCAGGGAACAGCAUGAAUAUGAAUGUGAAGAAAAUGUUGCUUGAAAUUGAAGGCUUCCCCUUCAAAAUUAAAAAGGUCUAAUCUGAAAGACACCUAUAGGAAAAAGUUUAAAUUGCUUUUCCUAAAUUUGGAGAUGCUGGAGAGUAAAAAAAUUGUUUUGCUGUGGAUGAAGUAAGUUAGUUUCUUGCAAAAAGCUAGCAGCAUGGAGAAGAUAAAUGCCAACAUGUUCAAAUUUCAUGUUUCAUGACAAUUGCAAGGAAACUGUCAAAGCUGUAUGGAAACCUGCAUGAUACAAUAAAAUUGGUUAAAAUACCAAAGAAGUUUUUCCCAAACCCCACUCCCAUGCAUAUUCAAUUUGCACAUGUUUGCAAUUUGCAAAUAUGAAAUCACAUAUGAAAUGUGAAUGAAGUGGGGAUGGGAUCACCAUGAUAGUUUCCUGCUUUAUGAAUUAUUCAGCAGUUUUCUCAAUGAUUUAUCAACUUUAGGAAGUUUGCUUUGGUAUAAAAAUCUCCCCACACACCUGUUAAGUAUGCAUUCAGAAGUAGUCCGCUAUGAAAUGUCAGUUGCUGAAAUUAGUUAUUGACAAAGAGAACAUGUACACUUGAAUGAAAUUGCGAAAAGUUUGUGUAUGUAGAAUAAACUGAUAGUACAGCUGUGUUUGCUUAUGUCUUAAAGUGCUGUUUUUUUAAUUUUUUUCAAACUUUCCCUUGAAGCAUAUCAUGUUUUAAAUGGCUUUACCUAAUAUUUAACCCCACCAUGUGUUGCUUUAAAAAGAGCAUCUAGUAAUAUCUAUGUAGGCAAUCCCCUUAACACUCCCCUUUUUUAUUCAGAUUUUCUAAGGAUGUGAGACAAAAUAUGAAACAAUUUUUCCAUUCUCCUUAUGUAGAAUUUUUUUUAAAAAAUGAAAUUGGAAUAAAGUGAAAUUGUGCGUUUUAUUACCAUACAUACAUGGACCUUCAGCAUUUAUGAUUUAUAAUUUUCAGCAUCCCCAGAGUUGUUUAGCAUUACUACUCAUUUGAAGGCAAGUCUCAGAAAGCUUUUGCUAUGUGCUGUUGUCUUUGAACUGUUGUAGGCCCUUUAUCACCAGCCUCUGCUCAAAGUAAAUAUUUAAUUGCUUGAAGUUGUUUAUUGUUAUUUCUAAGUUAUGAUGUAUUGAAGUUGUAUGUAAAUUUGUGGAGAUGUUGUUAAUAUUUUAGAAGUGUUUAGAUAAAAUGCACUUGUAUUUAAGCAUUUGAUUUUGUAUAGCAUUUAAAGAUAGAAGAUUUGCUUCAUGGCUUAAUUUAAAUGUCAUUGUGAUACUUGUUCAGCAUAAAAAGAGGCUUUCAUACAAACAUGCCAGAAAUAGUUAUACCCUACUAGAAAUCAACAUAAAUUUGAUGUACUCAUGAAACAAAAUUUUGUCAGAAUUGGAGUGGAAGGAAGGGAAAUCUAGAAAAAAGGCUCUCUAUUUUGAUACUGAGCAUUUCCACAAAAAGCUGUAUAGCUAGAGGCAUUUAAUUUCAGCAUUUUAAUUUCAAUGGAGCAUUCACUUUCUGCUUCUUGGAAGCUGUAGGUGCCACAAGUGUCAUUUUCAUAGCAUUGUAAGCACUUAAACAUUGUAAGAAUUCAAUAUUACAUGGUUAACCUUUUGCUUUGCAAUGCUUCAAUUACCCUCACCACAUCAUUUGAUAUUCUGGUUUAGUUCAAAAUUUAUGUACUUCUUACACCCAUGUUUAAGUAGUAUUGUAGAAACCCUGGCAGCAGUAAAGUAGUAUAAUUAAUUAUAGUAGCAUGUUUUUAAGUGUGCUGUUUCGUUUGAGUUUAAAUUGGUACAUGUCUUAGUUGGUAUUACUGGCAUAAAGAUUUUGCUUUGAUCAUCUGUU